UGCAUUUGUAAAGAAUGCUGCAUUGGAUGCCUCGUAGCACACUGACUUCUCUGCAGAUGUCUGAGGUUUCCUCCACUUCUGAUUUGCCUCCUUAGUGCUUGGACUGUGUGAGAGAAAACCCCAAGUGAUACAAUUGGCAGCCGAACUAGUACAAUGCAGUCACUGGAACCCAUGACAUUCAAGGAUGUAGUUGUUGACUUCACUCAGGAAGAGUGGGCCCUGCUGGACACAUCCCAGAGACAGCUGUUCAGAGAUGUGAUGCUGGAGAACAUUAGUCACCUGGUCUCUAUUGGCAAACAGCCCUGCAAAUCAGUUGUGCUUUCCCAUUUGGAGCAAGGAGAGGAACUUUCAAGAGAAGAAAUAAGUUUUCUGCAAGGUCAGAAUCCAGGUGAGGAAGGUAACCUUAAACAACAAGAAAUGACAUCCGUGCAUCUUAUCUAUCAAAAGGAUGCAUUCACCAUUGGCACCAUGCAGAGAUCUCAUACUCAAGAGGAUUCUUUUGAAUGUAAUGAUUUGAGAGAAGAUUUCAAUGAACAUAUAACAUUGACUCAAAAACUGAUAAGUCACAUAGGAAAAAAACCCUGUGUAAGCAGAAAGUUUGAGGAAGCCUUCUGUGACUGGUCAUCCUUUAAUCAACGUAAGGAAAUUAAUGCUAGAUAUAAAUCAUAUGGAAGUCAUCUAUAUGGCUAUACCUUUAGUCAAAGUUCUGCCCUUAUACAACAUAGUAAGACUCACAAUGGAGAGAGAACAUUGGAGUGUCAUGUGUGUGGGAAAACCUUCAGCAAAAGUACUAAUCUUAGACGACAUGAAAUGAUUCACACUGGAGAGAAACCACAUGAAUGCCAUUUAUGUGGCAAAGCCUUUACUCAUUGCUCUGAUCUUCGAAAACAUGAGCGAACUCACACUGGAGUGAAACCCUAUGGAUGUCAUCUAUGUGGGAAAGCUUUCAGUAAAAGUUCUAACCUUAGACGACAUGAGAUGAUUCAUACUAGAGAGAAAGCACGUGUAUGUCAUCUAUGUGGGAAAACUUUCACUUAUUGCUCUGACCUUAGAAAACAUGAAAUAACUCACUUUGGAGAGAAACCAUAUGGAUGUCAUCUAUGUGGAAAGGCCUUCAGUAAAUGUUCCUAUCUUAGACAGCAUGAGAGAACUCACAGUGGAGAGAAACCAUAUGAAUGUCAUCUUUGUGGAAAAGCCUUCUCCCAGCGUUCUCACCUUAGGCAACAUGAAAGAAGUCACAGUGGAGAGAAACCACAUGGGUGUCAUCUGUGUGGGAAAGCCUUCACUGAAUCUUCUGUGCUUAAACGACAUGAGAGAACUCACACUGGAGAAAAACCAUAUGACUGUCAUGUAUGUGGGAAAGCUUUCACUGAAUCUUCUGACCUUAGGCGACACCAGAGAACUCACACAGGAGAGAAACCAUAUAAAUGCCAUCUAUGUGGAAAAGCCUUCAAUCAUUCUUCUGUACUUAGACGACAUGAGAGAACUCACACUGGAGAGAAACCAUAUGAAUGCAACAUAUGUGGAAGAGCCUUCAACAGAAGUUAUAACUUUAGACUUCAUAAGAGAGUUCAUACCGGAGAGAAACCAUAUGUAUGUUCUCUAUGUGGGAAAGCCUUUAGUAAAAUUUUUAACCUUAGACAACAUGAGAGAAUUCACACUAAAAAAGUAAUAAAUCUUUAAAGUUCAUCAGCCUUAGUUUCAAUCCCUAAAUACUCCAGAGGACUAAAACACUGAGGAAACAUUAUGUCUAUAACUGGUGUGGAAAAUCCUUUAUCUAUCACUACAACUUGAUACAUCCUAAAUUAAUUCAAAUUGGAGAGGAUCUAUGUAUAUGUUAUCUAUAUGACAUAAACUUUAGACGCAGGACUGACCAUAUAUUGCCAUGAGAUAAACUAUAAAUGAAUUAAAUGUGGAAAAUCUUCACCUGCAACUCUGUUAAACACCAGGGGAAAUCACAUAUCAGAUAAAUUCUGUGCCUGCCAUCAAUGUGAAAAUGCUUUUAUUUAUAAUUUGCC